AUGUGUAUUUUAAAAUCCAAUGUUAUGCUAUAUUCAUUCAGUCUUGCCGACAAUCUCAUAAAAUCAAUUAAUACAUCUAAUUUCAAAUAUUUCAACCUGGUUACUAAAAACAAUAGGAAUAUUAAAAAAAUAAAGACUCUAGAAACGAUUAAAUUCUUAAAUAAAAUGUUUUCUGAUCCAAAAUACACUAAUGUAAAAUAUAUAAAUCACUCAAGGGAGAUACUAAAUAUAAAAUCUGUACCAAGUCCAAGACUAAUAAAAGAAAUCAAUAUAUACAAAUAUAAGUAUAAUAUAGAGGAAGGGACUGAUUUAAAACAUAAUAUUCACUCAUCGCUAACUAAAUAUUUAUCUGGUGGUAAAAUCGAUAAAAAUGACAUAACGAGGUCAUCGAUUAUAGGAAGAAUACUUAAUACAUAUCCAAUAGAGCUAAGAAGUAUACUUUUUAACUUUGCUAACAGAUAUAUAUAUUCAAUGAGCAGUGAAGAACUUUCUGAUUUCGCUGAAUUCCUGGCUACACAUUCAGAAGAUGAUAACUUCAAAUUACUGGACUACAUGUUGGCAAAAGAAGAUUUGCCUUCAGAACUGUUGCAAAACAGUGUUUUGUCAAAAUUGUUUAAGUUUAUUUCCCACACUCACCCAUUAUUGGAAAACAGAUAA